CCAAAUUAAUGUGCUAGCUGGUUCUUGUGAGAAAGUAACACUAAGCUUUUCUUCUUUGCUUUCAUGCUAAGGCAGGCUAAAUUAGUGAAACUAUCUUUCAAACACAGUUCCAAAGCUUUUGUAUUAAUGCUUUCCAUCUAUGGCAUUUUCAAUUCAUCCUGUUUUCUAUUUCUCUCUGAUUUUUCCAAUUUUGAAACAUCAAACAUGGCCUCUGAAUUUGAUCAUCAUCAACUCCACAUCCUUCUCUUCCCUCUAAUGGCACAAGGCCAUAUGCUUCCACUUUUAGACAUAGCCAGACUCUUUGCAUCAAGAGGUGUCAAAACCACCAUCAUUACCACACCUGGGAACGCAGCUAGCUUCACCAAAAUAACCCAAGAUUUAUCCAUCCAAAUCAACCUAAAGAUUAUCAAGUUCCCAUCCAAAGAAGCUGGAUUGCCAGAAGGCCUUGAAAAUCUUGAUUUGGUCUCUGAUAAACAGACUCACAGCAAGUUCUUUAAAGCUCUAUCUUUGCUUCAAGAUCCUUUAGAGAAAGUUGUCCAAGAAUUGCUUCCACAUGGGCUAGUUUCAGACAUUUUCUUUCCAUGGACAACAGAAGUAGCAACCAAGUGUGGAAUUCCAAGGUUAAUCUUUUUAGGUACUGGCUUCUUUCCCAUGUGUUGCUUCGCAAAUAUUGAAGAACAACAACCUCACAAGAAUGUAUCUUCUGAUACUGAGUUGUUUAUCUUGCCGGGCUUCCCUGAUCCUAUUAGAUUCACAAGAUUGCAGCUACCAGAUUUCAUGACUGGAGAACAACAAACUGUUCUUGCAGAAUUGCUUGGCAGUGCAAAAGAAGCAGAGAAAAGAAGCUUUGGAAUUCUUGUUAAUAGUUUUUAUGAGCUGGAACCUGGUUAUGUUGAUUAUUACAAGAACGUAUUAGGAAGAAGAGCGUGGCAUAUAGGACCAGUUUCACUAUGCAAUAGGACUCUUAAAGACAAAGCUCAAAGAGGUAAAGAAACAAGCAUUAGUGAACAUGAGUGCAUGAAAUGGCUUGAUACAAAGAAACCCAAUUCAGUUAUUUAUGUAUGCUUUGGUUCUGUAACAAAAUUUUCUGACUCUCAGCUACAUGAGAUUGCAAUAGGCCUUGAAGCUUCAGGGCAAGACUUCAUCUGGGUUGUCAGGACAAAUAAUGAAGAGAAAUGGUUGCCUGAUGAGUAUGAGAAAAGAAUGGAAGGAAAGGGAAUGAUUAUAAGAGGAUGGGCACCACAAGUUCUGAUUCUUGAUCAUGAAGCAGUUGGAGGAUUUGUUACUCAUUGCGGGUAGAACUCUAUUUUGGAAGGUGUGAGUGCUGGUUUACCGAUGGUAACAUGGCCUAUUUGCGGUGAUCAGUUUUUCAAUGAGAAGUUAAUUACUGAUGUUCUGAGGAUUGGAGUUGGUGUUGGUGCUAAAAAAUGGGUGACAUUGGUGGGGGAUUAUAUCGAGAGUACAAAAAUAAAAGAGGCAGUGAGGGAGGUAAUGAUGGGUGAGAAAGCAAGGGAAAUUAGAAGGAGAGCAACGAAAUUUGGGGAAAUGGCAAGAAGUGCUAUUGAAGAAGGGGCCUCAUCUUUCAACGAUCUUGGCGCUUUAAUUCAAGAAUUGAAGUCCUAUCACACUAGAAUUCAAGUUUCAGUAUAAAAACUCAAAUAUAUAUAUUAAUAUUCAAAAUUUAUAGUAUAAGCAAAUGUUAAAUAUUUAAUUAAUAAUGUUUGUUGAUACGGUGUCACGGUUCGUGACAACAAACCGUAAAGCAGAGGAUCUUUUAUAUAUUAUUUUAUAAAAAUAGGGAUCCUCUAAGUAAAUAUAUAAAAUAUUAUAUAUGAGUCCCACAAACAAUUAUUACUAUUUUUAUAAUAAUUCACUGCUCAACUGUUGAUGCAGUGAGCAUUGACAACAGUCACUCGACAUAUCAAGUUAAAAAAACCUCAUGGGAUAUUGUCAUUUGCUCCCAUGUAUCUUAUCUUCUCUUUCUUUCUUUCUUUUUCCUGGUACUGGAAUUUCAGACAUCAUGUGGAAGAAUCGAGAGUGAGAUUUAGAAUGGUUAUUCUUGAUCACAUGCCACCAGACUGUAAAGUAGAUGUCAUAUCGUAUGGAAUAAAAAAGAGAAGAAG